GUUGAGGCGGCGCCAUUAACAGUACGCUUACUGGCGCGUGCAUGGCACUGCUUGUUAGCCGUGAAAUAUUUUCGAAACGAUUGAAAAGUUCGUAUCUUGGUGACCGUGGACCAUAGGAUAACGUAGGAAGGAAAUAUAAACUUGUCAAAUUAAUUUCUUUUGAGAAUUCAGAGAAAAAUGGCUAUUUUAAAGUCCUGUUGGUCACCAUUUAUCUGGGCGAACGAUGUUAAGACAGGAUCCAAAGCGAUUGCCUUCUACACAAUUGCGAUUAGUAUAAUACAUGUUACACUAAUCUCUUACCAAUUAAAUGGAGGAGAUUCAACACAACUGUAUAAUCCUCUAUUUGAGGCUGAUGUCAGAAUGUCUAUGCAAGUUGUUGGAGCAUUCUUUAUAUUAUACUUCACUCUGCUGAUCAUAUCAGCAUUAUUAAUGGUAUAUGGAAUAAAAGAAGGAAUACGAGGAUGGUUACUCCCUUGGCUUAUAUUAUGGUUUGUGGCAUGUUUAUUCCAAUUAGUAUUUGGGCUUUGGCUUGUAGGAGGUUACUAUAUCUAUCUUGAUGCAACAUUUGCUGCAAUGUGUAUUUGGCUUUGGAUGGCAUACAAUAUAUAUUGUUGGUUUGUUGUGUUGUCGAUGUACAAAGUCUUUGAAGAAUUACAAUCUCCAAACAUAGAGCUUCUAUGGCCAUAAACACUCUGAGAAGUCAACUGAUAAGGCAUACAGUGCAUUGAUCGACACCAAAGUAAGAUACAGUAUAUUUAGAGAUGGAUAUAUCUACUUUAUUUUGUACAUUUCUAUAAUCAGAUGAAGAACAUAAUUUAAAUCAAUCAUUGACUAUCAUUGUUUGCUACGUUCAAUUUGGUUAUUAUUAUUUAUUUUGAAGUAUUUAAUACCACAUUGACGUUGCAAUCACAUGAGUACCAUACUUAAGUGUCAUUAAUGUACAAUUAAUUUAAUGUCUUGAGAAUAUGCGACUUCAUAUUAUAACAGAAGACUGAUAUUGGUCUAAAGAAACAUCCGUCCAGAUUUCAGAGAUCUUUAUACAUUUGCCGAUAAACUUAUGUAAUAGAAUUUGUAGUUGGUUGCUUUACACAACCAAAAACAUAUGAGCUUUUAAUAAACUUCUAUACUAAACACAAA